CGUUUCUUUAUGUUGUGGUGUUUGUGCAGUUGAUGAGCAGCAGAGCUCAGCAGGUGGCGUCCGUCGUUGAGCGGGCGGAGAGCGUCUACUGGUCCACUCUGAGAGACAUUUACAGAGACGUGCAGGAAGGUCUGAAGGAGGCUGAAGAUGUGACUCUGAAUCUGACUCCCCUGCAGGAGAAGCUGGAGGAGGUGGAGCAGAUGGAGUACCAGCAGGUACUGUGGAGACUGGCCACAACAACCAGCAGUAUUGAUACUCACCUAUACUACAUCCUCAGUCAGCAGCUGGGAGACAACAUGGCGGCUGUGAUGGAGGAGGUGCGUCGGCUGUGGAUCAGGUCUGAGUUCUACUGUAAACCCUGCAGGAUAGUGGUCCUGCUGCAGGAGGUCUGCAACCUCUUUAUACAAACGAGCAGGAAGUUCCUGCGUGGAGAGGAAGUGAUGCGUGGUCUGGUGUCAGACCCUGAUCCGGUCCUGGAUGAUGUCAGACUGGUGAUCUGGACCCUGCAGGCCCUGAAGGAGGCCUACAGUCAGUGCAGGACCCAGCUGGAGAACCAGCAGCAGGAUGGAGUCGCACAGAGCUGGGACUUUCCUUCACACCUGGUCGUCUUCCACCUGGACGCCUUCCUGAAACGUCUGCAGAACAUCCAGGAGGUGCUCUGUGUCAGUCUGCAGCUGGACCAGCUGGAUCAGACGGUCCUGACCGGUGUCAGCGGCAGGAUGUGGACUGAUGUGGUUCAGGGCGUGUAUCAGGACUUCGUGUGUCACGUGACAGCUCUGUCUGACUGUAACUGUGACCCCGUGGACCCCGAUGACCAGAGCUUUGAGCUGCACCUGGAUCAGUUUCAUGUUCAGAUAGCAGACCUGGAGAGGCGGCUGGUGUCGGUCCUCAGCAGAGCCUUCGAGGACUGCAGCUCCCCCUCCUCUGCCGCCAAGCUGGUGGAGAUGUUCGGGUUCGUCCUGGACCGUCCUCUGAUCCAAGAUCAGCUGCGUCCUCACCUGAUCCGGCUGGUGGAGAUGGUCUUGGUGGAGCUGGAUCAGACCGAGCUGCUGUUCUACAGUCAGAGAGAGAAAUCAGCAACAUUCAGCAAGUUCAGCCCGACUGCUGCAGCUGGACUCUGCUGGACUCAGCAGCUCAGACUGAGAGCUGAGGACACCCUGAGCCACUACAGGACCGUAGAAUCCCUGUACCUGGACUCGGGGGAGUCCCAGCUGGUUCUGCAGAGGUUCCAACAGAUUGUGGAUCUCCUGCAGGAUUUCAGAGAGCGAGUGAGGUCAGACUGGAGCCGUCAGCUGGACUCAGACUGUGCGUUCAUCCUGGAGCAACCUCUAAUACAACACGACCAGCAAGGCAUGCUGGGAGUUACCUUCAGCCACAAGCUGGAGGCGGCGCUGAGGGAGCUCAGGUGUGUGAGCAGGGAGACAGACGUGAAGCUCCGCCCCUUCGCUGCUGGACUCUUCACCUGCAGAGAUGACAUCACACAGACCUACCUGAGCCUGAGUCAUAUGGUGUCCUGCUACAACCAGGUACUGAGGGACGUCCUGCAAGUGGAGCUUCCUCUGAUCCAGGACCAGCUGCAGGACCUGAACCGCACCCUGUCAGAACUGCAGAGGAACACCUGGAGUUGCGAAGGUGUGCAGCACCUGGUGGACCAGCAGAGACAGAGAGUGCUGCUCUUCCACUGCACAGUGAGCGAGGCCCGAGCCAACAUGGACGCCAUGACUCACAUCGUUCAGGUGAGUCAGUCUCUUGGUCCCCUGCAGCUCCCGCAGGAAACACACCUGAUAUCCAAGGAAGGUUAAAGUCAAGGGCAACUG